AUGGAGUUCUCUUUGACUGGAUCCCCGGCGACAACACCACUGGCAACACCAGGCGGCUCAAAUCCAAGACAGAAGGAACAGAGAUUCCGACCACCAGUCGCACCAAGUCCCUACGCCGAAUACCAACAAAGCGGCUCCGAAGCGGGUUACUUCCCUAUCCAACCCCAGCAACCAGCCCCACCACAACAACAGCCAGCGAGUAUGGAUGGACUUUCAAACCAAAUGGGUGCAAUGGGUCUGGGUGGUCAGCCUCCUGCUCUUGCUGCACCAAGCUCGCGACCACAUAAAAAGAAGGACAGACAUGCAUACCACCACAUCGAAACACCAGCCGCCGCCCAGCCUCUGCCAGCUGCAGUACCAGGAACCACAUCGUCGCAAUUCUACAACACUCAGAAUGCUCCCAUGCCUGGAACCGCGGCCCCAUACGUUUCCCAGCAGAUCACACCCGCCAUGUCGCAGUUCCCUGCCGCAGCAUCCACCUUCACGCCUGCCAACCCCGCAACGCCCAUGGAGCAUGCUGCUCGUCAAGGCGACCAACUCUUGUCAGCUCCUGCUUCUUCUCAGUCAGGUCGCGUCGACCCGGAUCAAAUACCCAGUGUGCCGAGGUCACGCGACAUUCCCGCUCGCCAUUACCAGGAGCGCAUCUACCCUACCAUGGAGCAGCACCUCCCUCCACCUGCCGCCGUUCCUUUUGUUGCUUUCGACCAAGGAAACAGUUCUCCGAAGUUUGCUCGUCUCACCUUGAAUAACAUUCCGACCUCGAACGAAGCUCUUCAAACUACCGGUCUUCCCCUUGGUCUUGUUCUGCAACCCUUGGCUCCCCUACAGGAUGGCGAGCAGCCUGUGCCUGUUCUCGACUUUGGAGAUGUGGGCCCGCCACGUUGCAGACGUUGCAGAACCUACAUCAACCCCUUUAUGACUUUCCGUUCUGGUGGAAACAAGUUUGUCUGCAACUUGUGCACUCAUCCCAAUGAUGUGCCCUCCGAGUACUUCGCUCCUACCGAUCCAACAGGCAUCAGAGUCGAUCGUUCGCAAAGACCUGAGCUGAUGUUGGGUACUGUUGAUUUCCUCGUUCCGAAGGAGUACUGGACCAGAGACCCUGUUCCUCUCCAAUGGCUUUUCGUGAUCGAUGUCAGUCUAGAGGCAUCUAGCAGAGGCUUCCUUGAUGCCAUGUGCAAAGGUAUACUACAUGCACUCUACGCCGAGGACGGUACAAACAAUGUUCCUGCAGGUGUCAAGGUUGGUUUUGUAACGUUUGAUCGAGAAGUGCACUUCUACAAUUUGACUCCGGGCCUUGAGCAAGCUCAAAUGAUCGUUAUGCCUGAUAUCGAGGAUCCGUUCGUACCUUUGAGCCAAGGCCUGUUUGUGGAUCCCCGAGCAUCCAAGACUGCCAUCACAUCUCUUCUUGGCCGGAUACCGGAUAUGUUCUCCUCAGUAANNAAAAGUCCAGAGCCCGCAUUACUCCCGGCCAUCAAUGCCGCUUUGGCUGCUCUGAAUUCUACUGGAGGCAAGAUCGUAUGCUCAGUGUCGAGUCUUCCCACGUUUGGUCCUGGACGUCUCUUCCCUCGCGACAAGAACGAAGGCCGCGACACAGACGCCGAAAAGAAGCUCUAUACUACUGAGCAUCCUGGUUGGAGAGGUACGGCCUCAAAGAUGGUUGAAGCAGGUGUUGGUAUCGACUUCUUCAUGGCCGCACCCAGUGGAGGCUAUCUUGACAUUGCGACCAUCGGACACUGCUGUGCGGUAUCUGGAGGCGAGACAUACUACUAUCCCAACUUCCACAGCCCACGAGACGACUUGCGACUGGCAAAGGAACUCAAGCACACAGUCACGCGUGAAACUGGUUUCCAGGCCCUCAUGAAGGUUCGCUGCUCGAAUGGUCUGCAGCUCUCUUCAUACCACGGUAACUUUACUCAGCAUACAUUUGGUGCUGAUCUCGAAUUUGGUGCGAUCGAUGCAGACAAAGCGAUUACAGUCAUGUUCAGUUACGACGGCAAGUUGGACGCAAAGCUGGAUGCGCACUUCCAGAGUGCGCUUCUAUACACGACUGCGACAGGUGAACGUAGAGUUCGCUGCACCAACACCGUCGCAAGUGUAAGCGAGAGCGCUCUUGAGGCCAUGAAGUUUGUCGAUCAAGAUGCAGUGGUCAGUGUGAUCUCCAAGGAGGCAGCAUCAAGAGUCUCAGAAAGGACCUUGACAGAAAUUCGCAACUCCUUGAGCGAGAAGACGAUCGACAUACUCGCUGGCUACCGCAAGAACUUCUCUGGCUCGCAUCCGCCUGGCCAGCUUGUCUUGCCUGAAAAUCUUAAAGAGUUGAGUAUGUACAUGCUAGGACUGAUCAAGUCACGAGCCUUCAAAGGUGGUCGCGAGCCUAGCGAUCGUAGAAUCCAUGACAUGCGCUUGAUUAGAUCGAUGGGGCCCAUGGAGCUCUCGUUAUAUCUGUACCCACGCAUCAUUGGCAUUCACAACCUAGAGCAGACAGACGGUUUUGCUGAUGAGAAUGGCCGUCUUCUCAUGCCAGCUGCUAUCAGAGCAUCAUUCGGACAGAUCGAAGAAGGCGGAGCUUACAUCGUCGACAACGGACAGGUCUGUCUGCUCUGGUUACACUCUCAGGUGUCUCCCAAUCUGCUUGAGGACCUGUUUGGUGAGGGCUACAACGAACUCAAGCAUCUGGAUCCGUUCAGCUCUAGUCUACCUGUGCUCGAGACACAUCUCAAUGCUCAAGUGCGUAACAUCUUGCAGUACAUGGAGACUACGAGGGGCUCAAAGGCAAUGACGAUCCAACUGGCUAGACAGGGAUUGGACGGUGCAGAGUAUGAGUUUGCUCGUUUGUUGUAUGAGGAUCGUAACGGUGAAGCUCAGAGCUAUGUCGACUGGCUGGUGCAUGUGCACAGGCAAAUCCAGAUGGAGCUCUCCGGUCAACGUAAGAAGGAUGACAGCGAUGGAGCAGGCAUCAGCAGCACAGUGGCGUCGACAUUUGCUGGACUGAGGGCUCCAUACUUCUAA